AUGACAAUUACAAAAUAUGAGUGCGAUGACUGCAUGAAAGACUUUUUGAAACAAUUGCCCAAAUGUGAACAUCAUGUACAUUUGGAAGGUACAUUAGAACCAAAUCUACUAUUUAAAUUAGCUAAAAGAAAUCACAUAACUUUACCUUCAAAUUUCCCCAAAACUGAAGAAGAAUGUAGGGAAAGAUAUAAUAAUUUUGCAGAUCUACAAGAUUUUCUCGACCAUUAUUAUAUUGGAAUGAGUGUUUUAAUAAAGGAGCAAGAUUUUUACGAUUUAGCCAUGUCAUAUUUUAAGAAAGCUCAUGAUGAUGGUUGUUUACAUUCUGAAGUAUUUUUUGAUCCUCAAGGUCAUUUGGAAAGAUCCAUUGAAUUAAAAACUGUGGUGUCGGGAUUUCAUAAAGCAUGUAUUGAUGCCAAUAAAAAAUUUGGUACAACUAAUAAAUUAAUAAUGUGUUUAUUGAGACAUUUACCAAGUUCUGAUGGAUUAAAAGUAAUUCAAGAUUCAAAAAAAUAUUAUCAAAAUAAUAUAAUACAUGGUUUAGGAUUAGAUUCAAGUGAAAAACCAUUCCCACCACGAUUAUUUGAAAAUUGUUACAAUUUGAUCCAUAAGGAGUUUCCAAAUGUUGGAUUGACUGCUCAUGCUGGAGAAGAAGGUAAUUACAAAUAUGUUGAAGAUUCUUUAAACUUAUUAAAAGUAACUAGAAUUGAUCAUGGUGUAAAUUCAAAACAAUCGAAAAAACUAAUGGAAAGAUUAGCAAAAGAUCAAACAUUGUUGACUAUAUGUCCCUUAUCAAAUGUAAAAUUACAGGUCGUUAAAGAUGUAUCUGAGUUACCUAUUUCUUUAUUUUUCAACAAAAAUAUACCAUUUUCAAUAAAUUCAGAUGACCCUGCUUAUUUUGGGGGAUAUAUACUUGAGAAUUAUAUUGCUGUUCAUGAAAGCUUUGGCUUCGGGGUGAAAGAAUGGAAACAAAUAAGUUUGAACGGGAUUAAUGGUUCUUGGUGUAGCGAAGAUAGAAAAAAAGAAUUAAGAAACAAAGUUGAUGAAGUUUGUGAGAAAUUUGGAAAAUUGAUCAGCAUAUAG